GUUCUCCCAAAGCCCAGUCCAUCGCUGGAGACUGCAUCAGAAACAGAACACAACAGCGCGAUGAUUGUACGAGCGCUGCGACUGCGGCAUGGCCGCAUCGCCCUCCCCCGGCGCAUACACACAUCGUCGAAUCGCCUCUCCUCGCUCGAAUCGACAGUAUCGCCCAACGCAGAAGCUGGCGAACGAGUAGGGAUCCCACAAUUCGCCGCGACGGCUAAAGAAACCAUCGGCCCCAAUACCGUCGUCGACCGCUCUGUCCCGUUGAACGACCCGAAUCACCCUGUCGCCCUCGACUACGCCUUUUUCCAGCACAACAAAAAGUACACAUCUGGCGUCGGGUCGACCAUUGCACCGCACUACAAGCCCCACGAACUCCUCACGAAACCGCCGUCACCGCGAGACAUCACACUCGAGGCGCUGAUCGCUGCGCAAACACAUAUCGGACAUGCGACGAGUCUAUGGAACCCCAGCAAUGCACGCUACAUUUUCGGAAUUCGAGGCGAGCACGACCCCAUUCACAUCAUCUCUCCCGACGCGACUGCAUCACAUUUGCGAAGGGCGUGCAAGGUUGUAUCAGGUGUGGCAGAACGAGGUGGUCUGAUCCUGUUCGUGGGAACACGGCAAGGACAAGCGCGUGCCGUUGUAAAGGCUGCCGAGCUGUCAAAGGGCUGCCACUUGUUCACAAAAUGGAUUCCCGGAACCAUCACCAACGGACAACAGAUCCUAGGGCGAUGCGAGAAGAGAGUGAAGAACGAGUUGGAUGAAGAUGUGACGGAACAGUAUGGCUUCCAGGACCAAUUGUUUUCGAAAGCCGCCAUCAAACCUGAUCUGGUCGUGUGUCUGAAUCCACUGGAGAACUACGUUUUGCUGCACGAAUGUGGCCUUAAUAACAUUCCCACCAUGGGCAUUAUCGAUACCGACGCAAACCCGACAUGGGUCACAUACCCCAUUCCAGCCAACGACGAUUCGUUACGAGCCGUGCAGUUCAUCUGUGGUGUGUUGGGACGAGCGGGCCAAGAAGGACAGGAGCGACGUCUAAGGGACGCUCGACCGACAUCAAAGCGUCCCGGUGGCUUCGUCGUAUACCCUGCUGUUCAUGGCCUACAACCGCCAGAAGGCGAGAGACGGAACCAGAGAGGCGGUGUCAGGGCUGUAGGAAACGCACAGAGAAUGAAGAUUCAGUCAAGAGCAGACGCGGGACAUUUCGCUGCAGCUGAGCAGGCUCUCGACUCACAAGACGAGCCUCUGUUCCCAGACGACUUCGAAGGCACCGAUGUGAGACAACACGAGCGCGAUCAGAGUCUGUUGGACCAAGCCGAGAAGAUCCUCUUCGAGAACGAGAGUGCUGCGGCCUCUGCAGCCGAUGCAUCCGGAAGCAAAAUCCCAACCUCCGCCUCAGGUAUACCAUCAGCAGAACAAAUGAGCGGGAUGGACACCCUCGAAACCCAGCAACCCGAAGAUCUCGCCGAGUCCAUCUCAGAUGAAGAACUCGACAUGUACGCCCAGUUCAACGACGCCGAAGCGCCCGAUCUCUCCGCUGUUGACCAGUCCCUCGUAAAUGAGACCUACGCUCCUGCCGCCGAAGCAGAUACUUCCGCCGAAGACGCAGCACAAUUCGGCAUCAAAGCUGAGCCUGGGACCGGCACUGACGACCCUGUCUACUCGCAAGCGGAAGCUGCUACCGAAACGCCGAAUGAUACCAUCGAGCAGGUUGGAGAGGUAGAGAAAGAGCUUGGAGAGCAAGCGCCUGAGGUGAAGGUUGCAAAUGAACAGGGCAAUCCAGAAGUGCAGGAUGUGGAUGCGGAGAGUCAGAAGGAAGUCGACAACGCCGUGGACAGUGCGAAGAAGGAGGACAAGUAGACAGGGCACAGGACGGGAGGUGUAGAUAUACCAUUAUCCAGACAAGAUCAAAAGAGUGGGCGAGAGGAAAUGUAUAGAUAUGGAUAUUGUGAUGUCAGCCCGUUUCCCAUUCUCUCGGUUCAGUAGGAAAAGGUAUGCUUUGAGGCAAAAGGGAAUAAGUCACUUGUCGGACUCAGGCCUCCAUAUCGGAAUGGUAUUGAGGAGGCAAAAAC